UGGGCUGGACAAAAGGAAGAGACUUUUGGCUCCAACUUUCGAUGGUCCACCCACUGUUCUGACUAUCAAGAGCUAUGGGAAGGCCUACACCAUUGGGAACAAUCUAUACCUUACAUACACCGUGGGCACUGCUAGCUACCAAACCACCAUGUCCUUCCCCUGUUAGAGGUAACAGUUGGUGCUGAAGUCUAAGAUAUGCACGCAGUAAUGAAUCUGCACAUACAGCCAAAGAUAUAGGUGUUGUCCACUGAAGAGGAAGGAAAUUCUGUCAUUUAGAACAAUGGACCCUGAUUCUCUAUCUAUAGACACAGAAAAGCGAGAAAGAAAAAGCGAGAGAAAUGGAAAUCAAGAAUAUGUGCUAGAAGACCCUCCUGGUGAACAGGGAAGACAUUUUAGAUAAAAAAUGAGAAAGACCUGCAAAAAGUAAGUGGGAAUAAAAGUGGGAAGAAAAUGGACUAUUUACUCAUAAUCACACUGGAAUAAGGAGACAUACGUCGAACCUCCACUAGUAUUUAUUUAAUAUUAUUUACAUAGAUUUUACGAACAGCAAUUAAGAAGAUUUAUCCUGGUAUAAGAGGAAGCCAAUCACAGUGGAUGGAGGAGUCUGGUAGUCCCCGAUUUAGGAAGCUCCAUUUCCCAGUGGGCCUAUGGAUAAAUUCUCCGAGAAAACACUUUGCGAAGCUGGGAGCCCGCUGGCCCAGUGCUGUAUCUGUCAAGUCCACAAAUAGUUCAGAUGCUGCCUCUUUGCACGAAGCUCCAUCAACAGCCCCUUCCUCCUCCCUCUCUCACUCCACCCCUUCUCUUGCCCCGCCCUCUCCGUCCCCAUCACCGGCAUUUCUUCGCCCUCGUCCAGCCAAUCAGCAAUCCCGUGCCAAGCGGCUGUCCCACCUCUUCCUGAAAGGUCGGUCCAACAGCGACAGAGACCGCGGCAUUGGCGAACGUGAGAGGGAAGUAUGGGCGCAUUCUGCCACGCCCUCAUCACAUCACUACCUGCCUCCUGCUUCUUCUAAUGCCCCUGGGCUGGUCAAGAUCUAUGGCGAUGCCCUGUCUAGUGGGGCUAACUAUCGAAGCUUGCUGGCAAAUAUGAACUCCACUUCUCGCCAGCUCAUUCAGCAGGUCAUCAACCGAUACACUGAGAGGGAGAGAGAGAAUGAGUGUGAGGACACAGCUCUCCAGAAAUAUUCCCCAGAGGACUUCCUGUUAUGUGAUGUCAUUGGAAAGCCUAUCCAGCAGCCAGAUGGAGCCAUUGAAUGGCAAACGGAAUGCAGAAGGAGCGUGGCGUCCUGGGAAUGCCCCUUACAGCUAGUGGACAUGUGGAGACCCAAGGAGGGUUUCGAACGACGGUUUGAGAUCCAGCGGCUUGAUGAGUAUGAAAGAGAAGAGAAAGAAAAGGAGAAACAGCGCGAGAGAGAUGGAGAAAGCUAUCAAGGAGUGCGAUGGAGGCGGAGCCGCAUGGCGUCUGGGGGCGGUCCAGAGGAAGAACGAGGUCACCGGGGGCGAAACACUGAACUUAGGAGGAGCAUCAGUGAUAUGAACCUGAGUCUGAGACGUCGCCAGGGCAACAACGCUGGCAAUGACCCUCGUCGUGGUAGCAAGGUCCCAAACAAUGGACAGGAUAGGAAGAACAUAGUGAGCAUGAUAGCAACAGAGUCAGGAGAGAACACUGCGUCAAGAGGUGGAGGCGAGGCAGACAGACGGACUCGGGCAGCGGAGGAAGAGACGGACACCUGUGACCUGGAAGUGAUGUCACAGAGCCUGAUCCUUCCGCCAACGGAUCGUCCCUACUUCCUGUUACUCCAAGGCUACGACCAGAGCAAGGACUUUGUGUUGUACAUAAUGGCGGGUCACACACAUGUUUUUGGGCGGAAGCCAACAUUCCGUGAGCGUGAGAUGGACAGGGAGAGAGAGAGGAAGGGGAAGAGGCCUCUAAAAGUGGACACUUUCCUCUCAGCUCCAGACCUGCUUGUUCGACACCUCCUGAUCAGGAGAGACACAGCUGUCCCUGAGCAACCCCGUGGUCAAGCCCUGGCACGUCCAUUCAGAGGAGGACCCGUCACUCUUAAUGGAGCUCCACUUUACAGGGAAGCGGUCCUGAAGCCAGGAGACUUGCUGGGUCUUGGGAGCCAUUUCCUCUUCCUUUAUCGUGAUCCCCGAGUGACCCCCGCCCCACCCCUGGCUUUACCGCCACCAUGGCAAGGUGACAUGUCGACUUCCUACGGCCCCGGCAACAUGACAGAUAGACAGGAAAUGCUCAGGCUGUAUCUGGGGUCGACAGAGUCGCUGCUGAGAUUCCAGGCCAAACAUGCAGAUGCCUUGCUGCAGGAAGUCAUCUCGAAAAACUCCAGCCCAGAUUCAGGAGGCGGGGCCUUAGCACCUGCCUAUCUUCUAUCGCUCAUGAUCGACUAUGCCUCCAAACAUCUGGAGCCUGAAUUAACACCGCAACUGCUAUUAAAGGCAGCCAAUCAGAUCAAAGGAAUUGUUUGGGACAAAAUUAAAGAGUUCGGUGACAAACAUCCAACGCAAAACUCAGCGGAGGCUGAUGUUGAGCUUCCUCCACCGAGCGUGCAAAAGCUGUCCUCUGACCUUCGACCUCUCAUGUUCUGGAUGUCCAAUGCCACUGAGCUCCUUAACUUCUUUCAGGCCAAAGUUGAAGCAAUGGAAAAAGAAUGGGAAUUCGAAGCCCCAGGUGACCCUGUUCUCUCAGCUGACAUGGACACCUGUUCAGACGCGCUUGCACAGUUAGAUGAUGUCAUAAUGCACACGUUUCAGCAGUGUGUUUACCAUUUGACCAAGACUUUGUACUCCCUGCUUCCAGCAUUGUUAGACACUAACCCUUUCUCUAGUGAGGUGAAAAAAAGAGCAAAAACAGGAGUUAAAGACAGGGCAGGUAGUGGAGAAGAGGGAGAAGAGGAAGAAGAUGCCUCCACUUUACCUCCCACCGUAGCCGGACUGGUGGAAGUGUAUCGAUGCUCUCUGCAGCUUUCCCGAGAAGCUUGCCUCUCUCCACCUUUGACCUCCCAAACCUUCGGCUAUCUCUUCUUCUUCACAAACACGUCUCUUCUCAACACACUCUUGGAGAGAGAUAAUCUGUUCUCAUGGUCACGGGCAGUUCAAAUUCGAACUAAUCUAGACCUGGUCUUAGACUGGCUUCAAGGCGCAGGCCUUGGAGACAUUGCUUCUGAGUUUUUAAAGAAGCUAUCAGUUACUGUCAACUUCCUGUGCAUACCCAAGACCCGUCUCAUUCAGUCAUCAUGGUCCAGUCUACAGGAGGAACAUUUCUUGCUAAGUCCUGCUCAGCUUCAUCAUCUUCUCAGUCAUUAUAAGCUUGGACCAGCGAGAGCCGCACCUUCUUCAUGGGCUCCACCUCCCGGUACCGAACUCGGCAGUGAUAUUUUCGAGAGUUUCUUGGACCAUCCUCCUCUUAUUCUGCCUAAUGAGACACCUCGGCUGGACCUCACCCAGCCAAUCCCAAGCCCGGAGCUACAAAAGGAAGUGACACGUCUGCGAACGUUCCUGUGGGGGCUCGACCAGGAUGAACUACCAGCUAAUCAGCGGACAAGAUUGUAACAUGAAUUUAAUCCAGUCGUGAAAUUACUCCCACAAUACAAAUCUCAUGUAUUAGUGAUAAAGAAACUAUCAGUCUUUAAAUACAUGUAAGUUACAGGGCCUGUUCUUGUAGAAUUCAUAGAAGUGUAUUUGUCUGUCAAGCACAUCAGAUUUUAAUCUAUUAUCAUACAUUGACCUAAUUAAUUAUUGAUUAAUUAUAAAUCUGUAUCAUUAAUAGAUCAUUUAAUAUUAGCUUGAGACAUGAGAUGAUAAAUACAAAUGUGUUUUUGGAUGCCCCUAUUGUAUACAGAUCAAAGCAAUGAUAUAAAAUAAAUGUCAUAAAUAUUUGUUGUAUGAUGUUCAUUGCCUGGUUGCAAUGAUAAAUAUAAGAACACUGUUUUGGUAAAAUAAGUGUUACAUCAAUGCAUGGCCUAUAAUAUAUCUAAACACGACUCUAAAGAAUUUAAUCAGGAAAUCAGCUACACUACGUCUUUUUAAUCAAUUGUAUUGUCCCAUUUUUCAUUGUAAUGAAUUUCUGUAAUAAAUACAAAAAAGCUA